AUGGCAGUCAUCACCAUAUUGUCUCAGAUUAAGAGACUCAGAGAAGAUGAACUCAAGUCCAGGUUUAUUGGAGGUACAGUAGUGAACACCGUGGUAACAGACUUUCAGAUAUAUGUCAACAUACAAAAUCAACAUAACCCCAAUUCAAGUGAUUUAGGUGAACCGCUCCGAAUUCUUUUGGUUGGAAUGACAGGGGCAGGAAGAAGUGCAACAGGCAACACCAUCCUGGGAAAACAGGUUUUUAAAUCCGAGAUAUCAUCAUCCUCUUUGACUAAGCAAUGUGAAAAAAAUAAUGCAACAGUUAAUGGAAGAAAUAUAUUAGUUAUUGACACCCCGGGUCUGUUUGACACCAGCUUAAAUACAGAUGAAGUGGUCAACAGAAUUAAGCAUUGCAUUUUACUCUCUGCUCCUGGUCCACAUGUCUUCUUAGUUGUGAUUCAGCUGGGCAGAUUCACAGAUGAAGAGGCAGAAGCUGUUAAAAGCAUUCAAGCAGUUUUUGGUGAGGAAUCCUCCACUUACACUAUGGCACUGUUCACUCAUGGAGAUCGAUUGGAGGACAAGAACAUUCACACAUUUGUGCGGGACAGCCCAAAACUGCUCAGAUUCAUCAAAACUUGCAGUGGAAGAUUCCAUGUGUUCAACAAUAAAGAACAAAAUCCUGAACAGGUUGUUCAGUUGUUUGAACAGAUUGACAAAAUAGUUUCUGGGAAUUAUGGGCAACAUUACACUAGUGAGAUGCUUGAAAUAGAGAAAGCGACUGAGGAGGAAAAAUAUCACAUCCUGAAAGAGAAUGAGGAGAAGAGAAAGAAUGAAACAGAAGCUCUGAGGGCUAAACUUGAAGGUGAAGCUUUUGAAAAAGAAAAAGAAAAACUGGACAAUGAAUUUGAACAGCAGGCACAAUGGCAAGCUGAGAAAAAUAUUCGUAUGCGAAAUGGUGGGUUCUCUUUUCUUAAUUAUGUAAGAACUUUUUUUUCCCAAAAGAAACCUGAAUCUUGAAAAAUAAAUAAAUCAAAUAAAACAUUUCACUAAA